AUUGAGACAUUACGCCGACUGAAGGCAGAGAAUGUUUUUCCCUGCCAGGACCUGAUGCAAUCCAUUCAAGCCAACAAGUUUGGAGAGAAUGUUGAGUUCAAUCAAUUCAGAACGUCGAGAUGGAGCCCAACUCACUCCAGUGGGUCGGCUCACCGUGUGGCUUGCACGGACCUUACAUUUUCUACAAGGCUUUUCAAUUCCACCUUGAAGGCAAACCAAGAAUUUUGUCCCUUGGCGACUUUUUCUUUGUAAGAUGUACGCCAAAGGAUCCGAUUUGCAUAGCGGAGCUCCAGCUGUUGUGGGAAGAGAGGACCAGCCGGCAACUUUUAUCCAGCUCUAAACUUUAUUUCCUCCCAGAAGACACUCCCCAGGGCAGAAAUAGCGACCAUGGCGAGGAUGAAGUGAUUGCUGUUUCUGAAAAGGUGAUUGUGAAGCUGGAAGACCUGGUGAAGUGGGUACAUUCUGAUUUCUCCAAAUGGAGAUGUGGCCUCCAAGCUGGGCCAGUGAAAACCGAAGCCUUGGGAAGGAAUGGACAGAAGGAAGCUCUGUUAAAGUACCGGCAGUCAACCCUCAACAGUGGACUCAACUUCAAAGACGUUCUCAAGGAAAAGGCUGACCUUGGGGAGGAUGAUGAAGAAACAAAUGUGAUCGUCCUCAGCUACCCUCAGUACUGCCGGUACCGCUCCAUGCUGAAGCGCAUCCAGGACAAGCCAUCCUCCAUCCUGACGGACCAGUUCGCAUUGGCCCUGGGAGGCAUUGCAGUAGUCAGCAGGAACCCUCAAAUUCUGUACUGCCGGGACACUUUUGACCACCCAACUCUUAUAGAAAAUGAGAGUAUAUGUGAUGAGUUUGCGCCAAAUCUUAAAGGCAGACCGCGCAAAAAGAAAACAUGCCCGCAGAGAAGAGAUUCAUUCAGUGGCGUCAAGGAUUCCAACAACAAUUCCGAUGGCAAAGCCGUUGCCAAGGUGAAAUGUGAGGCCAGGUCAGCCUUGACCAAGCCAAAAAGUAAUCAUAAUAACUGUAAAAAAGUUUCCAAUGAAGAAAAACCAAAGCUUGCCAUUGGUGAGGAGUGCAGGGCGGAUGAACAGGCCUUCCUGGUGGCACUUUAUAAAUACAUGAAAGAAAGGAAGACACCAAUAGAGCGAAUACCCUAUUUAGGUUUUAAACAGAUUAACCUUUGGACUAUGUUUCAAGCUGCUCAAAAACUGGGAGGAUAUGAAACAAUAACAGCCCGCCGCCAAUGGAAACAUAUUUAUGAUGAAUUAGGCGGUAAUCCUGGGAGCACCAGCGCUGCCACUUGUACCCGCAGACAUUAUGAAAGAUUAAUCCUACCAUAUGAAAGGUUUAUUAAGGGAGAAGAAGACAAGCCCCUGCCUCCAAUUAAACCUCGGAAACAGGAGAACAGUUCACAGGAAAAUGAGAAUAAAACAAAAGUUUCAGGAGCCAAACGCAUCAAGCAUGAAAUGCCUAAGAGCAAGAAAGAAAAAGAGAAUGCCCCAAAGCCCCAGGAUGUGUCCGAGGUUUCAUCGGAGCAAGAGAAAGAGCAGGAGACUUUAAACCAGAAAAAUGCCACAGAGCCUCUCCAAGCCACAGACGUAAAGAAAAAAGCGGAAGGGCAUCAGGAGGCUGCUGCAAGGCCUCUGGGGUCCCGAGCAGAACUGGAAAAGGGCUGUGAGACAGACCAAGGCCCCAAGAGCGAGAAGGAGGCCGAGGAGUCGACAGAGAAGAGACCUGCACCUCUGCUCCCGGAUGCUCCACUGGCACCUGAAAGGGACCCAACCCCGAAGCUCGGGGCUGCCAAACAGUCCCUCACUCCACCCAGCGCACUGGUAGACUCCAAGCAGGAAUCCAAACCCUGCUGCUUUGCAGAGAGCCCCGAGAGGGACCUGCAAGAGGCUGCCUUUCCCACCUUCCCUCUGACUCAGCCACCGCCGGCCAGCCAGAAUGAGGUGGAAGAGGACAAACUCCCUGCCAUGGCGGAUUACAUCGCCAACUGCACGGUCAAAGUGGACCAGCUGGGCAGCGACGACAUCCACACCGCACUGAAGCAGACCCCAAAAGUCCUCGUCGUUCAGUCAUUCGACAUGUUCAAGGACAAAGACCUGACUGGGCCACUGAAUGAGAACCACGGCCUGAACUACACCCCCUUGCUCUACUCCAGGGGCAACCCGGGCAUCAUGUCCCCCCUGGCCAAGAAGAAGCUUCUGUCCCAAGUGAGUGGGGCCAGCCUCUCAAGCAGCUACCCCUACGGUUCACCACCCCCUUUGAUCAGCAAAAAGAAACUAAUGGCACGUGAUGACUUGUGUUCUGGCUUGUCGCAGACCCACCAUAGCCCAAGCACUGACCACAUAGCCGUCAGCCGGCCAUCAGUGAUCCAGCAUGUCCAAAGCUUCAAGAGCAAGCCCUCAGAAGAGCGGAAGGGUAUCAAUGACAUUUUCAAGCAUGACAAGCUGAGUCGAUCUGAUGCCCACCGCUGCAGCUUCUCCAAGCAUCACCUUAACUCCCUGGCGGAUUCCUAUAUCUUAAAGCAAGAAAUGCAAGAAGGCAAGGAUAAACUCUUAGAGAAACGGGCACUCCCCCAUUCCCACAUGCCCAGCUUCUUGGCAGAUUUCUACUCGUCCCCUCAUCUCCACAGCCUCUACAGACACACUGAGCACCAUCUUCAUAAUGAACAGGCAUCCAAGUACCCCUCCCGGGACAUGUAUAGGGAAUCAGAAAACAACUCUUUUCCCUCCCACAAACACCAAGAGAAGCUGCACGUCAACUAUCUCGCCUCUCUUCACCUGCAAGACAAGAAGUUGGCCGCGGCUGAUGCCGCUACGGAUGAUCAGCCCACAGAUCUGAGCCUUCCCAAGAAUCCGCACAAACCAACCGGCAAGGUCCUAGGCCUGGCCCACUCAAGCCCAGGGCCCCAGGAGAGCAAAGGCGCUCCCCAGUUCCAGGUCUUAAGCAGCCAGAGUCGAGACUGUCACCCCAAAGCCUGUCGGGUAUCACCUAUGACCAUGUCGGUUCCUAAAAAAUACCCCGAGUCACUUUCGCGAUCGGGAAAACCACACCAUGUGAGAUUGGAGAAUUUCCGCAAGAUGGAAGGCAUGGUUCACCCUAUCCUGCAACGCAAAAUGAGCCCUCAGAACAUCGGGGCUGCGCGGCCCAUCAAGCGCAGCCUGGAGGAUUUGGACCUGGUGAUUGCCGGGAAAAAGGCCAGGGCAGUGUCUCCCCUGGACCCAUCCAAGGAGGUCUCCGGGAAGGAAAAGGCCUCUGAGCAGGAGAGUGAAGGCAGCAAGGCAGCAUACAGUGGGCACGCCGGAGGCGGGGCGGAGGGCCACAAGCUGCCCCUCUCCUCCCCUAUCUUCCCGGGUUUGUAUUCUGGGAGCCUGUGUAACUCGGGCCUCAACUCGAGGCUCCCAGCUGGAUAUUCUCAUUCUCUGCAGUACUUGAAAAACCAGACUGUGCUUUCUCCACUCAUGCAGCCCCUGGCUUUCCACUCGCUUGUGAUGCAAAGAGGAAUUUUUACAUCGCCCACAAAUUCUCAGCACCUCUACAGACACUUGGCUGCGGCCACGCCGGUAGGAAGUUCGUACGGGGACCUUUUGCACAACAGCAUUUACCCUUUAGCUGCUAUCAAUCCUCAAGCUGCCUUCCCAUCAUCCCAGCUGUCGUCCAUACACCCCAGUACUAAAUUGUAGGCCCGGCUCUGCUCAGCGUCCCAGAACGGCGUGGCUGCCAGAGCUUCACCCCUUGCCCUGGGGUGGUGGCUUAGAGAAUUAGAAGCCAGUAUUUCUUCUAAUCUGGGGGUACGAUUAGUCCCAGUGGCAGAGGCCAAGAUGUGAGAUGAACAUGCCUGAUUUUUCUGGGACAGCUCCUGCCUUGGCUGGCCAGCCUUGACUCCCCUGGCUACCUGGCACCUGUGGAUCUUUCAUUUUACGUGUGGGUCUUUGGAAAGAGUGUAUGUAUAUCCAGGAAGAACUGCAAGGACCCUAUCUGAGUUUGGUCAGGGAAACAAUCUGGGAGAAAAAAAAAGAUGGGGGCAGGCUUUUCAAAGGAAGGGGCAAGGAAGCUGGUAAACCCAUGCCAAGGGAUGCCCCUUUUAUCACAAACCUCUCUGAGGUUCAGUCAAUGCAAUGUAUAGUGAAACUUCAGUAGAUCUUUCAUUUUGACACUAUUCAACAAUCCAGAGAAGUAAACACUGUUAAAUUGACUGUAUAUAUUUGCUUCUGAAAACUACCCGGAUCACUGUUUGCUCACCUAAUUUAUAUACAGGUGGUUCCAUUUUCUCUGGUUCGUUCUUGUCCUUUUUUUUUUUAAUAUAUAUAUAUAUAUAUUUUAAUUAAACAGUAUCGCUUUUGUUGGCAGGUCUUUUUUUUUGUUUUGUUUUAUUGUUUAUUUUAAAAGCUGACUGUCCUCGGUGUUGAUGUGUGUUUGUAAUUUUUCCACAUCUUAUCAUUUUGAGCAGCUUUGGGUGGUCAAGUUAUUGUUUACAAAUUGAAGCAACUGAUUCUAGUGGAACAAAUGGAAGAGAAGCAGUUGAGCACACAGUCGUGCAAAGAACGUUCCUUUGCAGAUCCGCAACUUACUGAUUUUGUUCCUCAUAAACGGCAUAGUUGAAAGAGCUUAUGCACUGCUUACCCGGCCAAAUGCUUUGCUUUGAAGUAUUGGGUUAUGUGAAAAUACCGAGCAUUGUACUUACCUUAUCUAGGCUGUGAAACUGCCCUACAUACCAGAGGAAGCAUAAAAACAAAAACCUCACUGGCAGCAAGCUGCUGAAUAAGAGUCUAGAGGACAUAUUUGUGGGCUGCACAGAUAUCUUAGGAAUUUUGGAAAUUACAACAGGAGCCAAACUGAUUGACAUUGAUGUUGGCCCUGAUCCCUUUCAGUGGUCUGGGAAAGAGGGCUGGGAAGGGGUACACCUUGGCUAUCCAGCAGAGAAGGAGCAGCUGAAGACCAACAGCUGAAGACCAACAGCUUCUCUGGGUGUUGGGCUGUUGAGUCACGUGCAAUCACAUUGUCCCCAUCUACUUGAUUGCUUGUUGUUCCCCAGAAGAAUCUGCCAGGCUGCUUCUUUGGGGAUAAUUGACACAUUGGGUUAGCUAUUUCAAAAGAAAGUCAUCAUGUUAGGGAUUAUGGGGCCUGAGCUUGGUGUGGCUAUGCACACCACAGGCGGCUGGUGUCGUGAUGUUGAUCACCUGACAAUAUAGUCUGCUUUAUGAUUUCUUGUCUCAUUGGAAAUCAAUGGUCAGGCUGUACAAACAGCCAGAAGAUGUGGGGAAUGUCUGUGGUCAUUCUUGCCACUCUAUUCCACUUCCUGCCAAAGUGUAACAUCAAGGCAGAUGUGUUUUCUAGGUGUCUGAAAAAUGAAUCAAUACAGAGAGUGGAUUGUGUUUCCAAGUCCCAUCCCUGCUAAAGGUUGCUUUAAUGAACUCCUCAGCCCACUCCCCCCAGACCCCAACACUACCAGUAGGCUUUAGGACCAUAGUUAACCAAGUCUUUUACCUCUGAGAUAUUUACUUCUACAAAAAUUGAUGACAAUGUUCAACUUCUACGUAGGUAACUCACUGCAAAAUACUCUAAACUGGUAACAAUGAAACUGCGGCUCUGACACAAAGCCAUGCAUGCCGUGCGUUUGUAUUGAAACGUCUCCAUGAUAUGAAGCCAAAUAUUCCAUGUAGCAUACUUAAUAUCCAAAGGUGGAAACAAAAAGAAUGUAGAGAUCCAGUGUUAAGAGUUCCAUUUGCUUCAAUUAAUUAUUUACCUUCCUGUGGAAUAAUAAUAUUAAUAAUAAUAUAUUUAAUAGAACCAUAGAUAGACCAGUAGAAUUUAGAUUAUAAAUGUGUGAGUGCAGAUUAUCCUGCUAUUGCACAAGAUGGAGAGGGGGAAAUCUCAAUUCCAGCGGGCAAAAUGCUGGCCAGGACACAGAGACACGAAAGUUGCACUAGAAUGAAUGGUCACAGAACCGGAGGACGUGGACAAAAAUAAAUAAAUAAAUAAAUAAAACGAAACUCUGAUGCUUCUGCAACAGACCUGGGCUAGAAUGGUACAUGGUUUCUGUGAGUUUGUUUCUCAAAGAAAAAUGGGGACGGUGUGUCCCCCCGUGGAGCUCACCUAUUCAUUUGGAAUACAGCACAUUUGUUUUCCUCCCUGCUAUGAUUUUAGCCUGUUUCACCACGUUGGAAUUUGAUCACACCGUUUUCAAACAAUGUUAACAUAGUGCAGCUUUUGUUUUUCACAUCUCUUCUGAGAGAAGGCUCACUGUUUCUGUCUGAGGAAGCUCAUACCCUCAGCAAAACAUCAGGACAAAUAAAGAGAAAUGGGUAUACGUUCUGGACAGAAGCAGUGUGUUAUUUGUUUUAAAACUCCGAACAGAGAUCUUGGAAAUCUUUCAAAAAGACCAUUGAAUUCUUCAUUGGCUGAGAACUACAUUUUAAAAAGUCUUAAAUAGGGCUUUGUUUGCAUUGUUUGAGUUCAAGGGGCCUUAUUAUUGAAUGGAAUUGCACAAGCUUUUCUUUGUGCAAUCAAACCAUUGUUAUUGGUAGUUCUAUAAAGGAAACUGUAGAAUCUAAUUGGCAAUGGAGUCAUAAAUCUAUUUACUGAGUGUGGCUUCCAAGAAAUGUUGCAAUUCAAAAUGCACUAAGAUCAUGAUUUAUUGGAGAUUUAGAGAUUCUAAAAAAUAGUUUUAAAAAAUCGUUUUCAUGCAAUUUCUGGUUUAACUUUUGGCAACACAACAUUAAAAAAAAAGAGCCCAACUGAUUUUCAGAAUUAAGUAUUCUAGUGACUCGAACUUGUAAUAUUUGCCACAGGACUGACUUAUUUAUUUACUAGCUAGAUGCUGUUAAGUUCACUUGUUUAUCAGGGCAUACACAGAAAGGUUUGUUAAAACUCAGUGUUGACGUUACAACUUUCUGACCUGGUGCAUGAAUUCUCAAGUACUGUAUUUCACUGUGUUGGUGUGUCUGAUGGAAAUUUCGAGGUGGUCCCACUAAAAUAUUUUAUGUAGUGUGCCUUCAAAGAGAAUCAUUUAUUUCUCUUCACUUGUUGUCCCAUGGAGUCACAUUGGGUGGUGGUCAGCCAAGUCCUAUCUGGUCUGGUUUUACUCUUGUCCCAAUUUCAAAGAGAAAUGGGAGUGAUUUCACCCUGGUGAGACCAACACCAUUGCAAUGAUUGCCUUGAGCAUUUAAACUCCAGUGUUGGCUGUUGAUGUAUUUGAUAUUCUGCUUGUCUCCCCAUGGUUGAAAUAUGUCUGAAGAAUAGCAGCAUAAUCUCUUGGCUGUUUAUAAUUUUUUAAACUUUCCUGUGUUGUAAAUAUUGUAUACUUUUGGUGAUUCCAGCUAUGUAACCUCUAUGCUCUGUAAGGUGAUUUUUGUUUUGUAUAUAGCAACAUGGCCCAGUGAUAUUAUAUAGUUUCCCAAUGGAGAGGUUAUUGAGUAACCUUUGCAUUAGUUAAAACACUACCAGAAGAACGCUGAGCCAAAUAUAAACACUCAAUUUUGUAUGUUUUCCAAAUUGUACUUAUUACCGCUUUUGAUACUGUAUUACGUGCCAAUAGUUUCCCAAUCACAUAGCAGGCAAGAGAUAUUUUGUACUUUUUGAUCCACUGUAAUAUUUAAUAAAAAAUGUUACUAUCUGUU